AUGUCUUUCUCUGUCUUCCUGCGGACUACUCUCAUAGCCACAGCCUUCACCGUUGGCACAACAGCCUCAGCAUGCACUCGCGAAGGUCUGAUCAAAGCCGCAAACUCAUACCUUAGUGCCCAGGCUGCGGGCAAUCCCAGUUCGCUGAACCUUGUGACUACCAACUUCACAUACUCACAGAACAACAAGGUCUCCAAUAUCGCGACUAGUCUUCUCUCAACGCCGUCGAGUAUUGACCUUAAUCGAACCACAGCCGACAUAUUAGCAUGCGCUAGCUAUACGAUGUGGAUCAGUACAUCUGAAAGCAAGCCUCGCGUCGUCAGCACGCAAAUCCGCCAUAGCGACAACGACACAGCCACCAUCAGCAGCAUCGACACUGUCGCCGCCACGACUGGAGAUCUGUUCUUCGAUGCUGCAAAGACAUUGUCUUAUAUCCGCGCUGAAAUCUGGACGCCGCUUCCUAGCUCUUCCCAGCCUUCUCGAGCGCUCCUCAAAUCCUUCGGUGACGCCUACCUUGAUAUGUGGACAGAUGCUACGGCUGCUGGCAAGAUAUCUUGGGGUACACAGUGUGAGAGAGUAGAGGGAAGUAGGUUGACAAAACCAUGUGGGGCAGAUUUGCCACGUGGCGGCAGUAAGAAGGCAAAUGGUAUGAGACGGUACGUGAUCGACGAGACAGUGGGCAGUGUGCAAGUCUCUUGUCAAUUUGACAGCCUCGGAGCUUGGCCAGAUAGUCACGAGAUCAGGGUCGAGGAUGGCAAGGUCAAGUAUGUCCAUACUGCUACCGUUAUGAGGGGCGUUGGAGCUUGA